AUGUUCACCUCAACACUGGUCGCCUGCGCCGCCGUGCUCGGCUCUGCUGUUGCAGCACCAGCACCUGUCCCACAAUUCAGCAGCGGCACUUGCACUGCAGAGCGAAGAAUCGCCAUCUCUGGCCAAGUCCCAUUCGCCUAUGCUCAACCGGGUGUCACUGCAGUCCGCGAGGCCUUCAGAGACAUUCCCUUUGGUGUGCCAGACCUCGACGGCUCUUGUGUCACACAAAUCUGGCCAAACGGUGGUGGCCCAAUCACUGUGGGAGUUACUGGCAACGGCGUCGUCAACUUUGGCGUCGCAACUCGUCAAGCGUUCUCCUCGGUCACAGGCCAAUAUGUUGACUUCCCUCAAAACGGCACGACUGUCAUCUACACCAAUGUGACCUUGGGUGUCAGCUCCAUUGUCCCUGCUCCCGUCACCUUCUCUGGCCAAGUCUACCUUGAUUUCAACACCGACUGCCGAAUCACUGCUGUUCGUGCUUUCGCUCAAGUCCCUACAUAUAUCGGCGGCCGCCCGACCGACCUUUGGCAAUUGCUGCCAAUCCCACCUACCCCUGGCAUUAUUUAG